AAACCACACCAUUGGCUUCCUCUUUACCUUUGUAGCGAGAGCACAGCGUUUGUCACUCAGUGUCUGAGCAACUUCAGUGACACCACGAGGAAAGGUCUGUACUGGGCCAAAUGGCACACAUCCCACAUGUGGCAUCUUUCUUUCUCUUUCUGACUAAGCUCAGCCUUGGCCAGAGGGAGGUAACCAUCCAGAAAGGACCACUGUUUCGGGUCGCGGGCUACCCUAUCAGCAUUGGCUGCAAUGUCACGGGCCACCAGGGACCUGCUGAGCAGAAUUUCCAGUGGUCUGUUUACCUGCCUAAAACCCCGAAACAAGAAAUCCAGAUCGUGAGCACCAAGGAUGCCAGCUUCUCUUAUGUGGUGUACGCACAGCGGGUGCGAAGCGGGGAGAUCUAUGUGGAGAGGGUCCGGGGCAACUCAGUCUUCUUGCACAUCUCAGAGCCCCAGCUGAAGGAUUCUGGCGAGUAUGAGUGUCACACACCGAACACGGAUGAAAGAUACUAUGGCAAUUACAGCGCGAAGACUAGGCUGAUUGUUAUUCCAGAUACCCUCUCUGCCACCAUGAGUUCCCAGACCCUCAGUAAGGAGGAAGGUGAAUCAUUAGAACUGACCUGCGAAGCAGCCAAAGCCUCAGCUCAGCACACCCACCUCUCUGUCACCUGGUACCUGAUGCAGGACAGAGAAAAAAACCAAAUCACUGAGAUUAUUUCCCUCUCCAAAGAUUUCCUGUUGAUUCCUGGGCCCUCGUAUACAGAGAGGUUUGCGGCUGGUGACGUCCAGCUCAGCAAGCUUGGGGUCUCCACCUUCAGGCUGUCCAUAGGGAGCCUCCAGCCCUCAGAUCAAGGCCAGCUGUUCUGUGAGGCCACCGAAUGGAUAAAGGAUCCAGAUGAAACCUGGACUUCAAUCGCGAGAAAGCGGACAGCUCAAACCGCUCUGAGGAUCCAACCCAUAGUGAGAGAUUUUCACAUCAACAUUUCAGCUGAGAGUGCAUGGACUGCAGGGAAUUCCUUAGAACUGGUCUGCCUGGUUGUAGGUGGUGGCCGGGACCCAUGGCUUCAGGGCAUUUGGUUCUUCAAUGGUAAUGAGAUGGCCCGCAUGGACGCUGGGGGUAUUCUGGACCUGAAGGGAGACUACAGAGAGAGAGCAAGUCAAGGACAGCUCCAGGUUUCAAAGUUAAGCCCCAAAGCUUUCUAUCUCAAGAUCUUCUCUGUGGGACCCGAGGACGAAGGCACCUACAGCUGCGCCGUGGCAGAGGUGGCAAGAGCUCCGAUGGGCUCCUGGCAGGUGCUUCAGAGCAAGCAGUCCCCAGACAGCCACGUGCAUCUGAGGAAGCCAGCAGGAAGAAAUGUGGUCUUAUCCACCAAGAACAAGGAGGAAGCCAUGUGGGAAGGAGAGACAUUAACGCUUCUUUGCAAGGCAGAUGGGGCUGUGAGUCUCCUGUCCGUGGAAUGGUGGCACCUCCCACAAGGCCAGGCACAGCCGGAGUUGGUGGCCAGUAUGCAACAAGAUGGUGCCGUGCAGCUGGGGGCCUCCUACAAGCAACUCAACAACCGGGGCCCCAUGAGGCUGGAGAAAAUGGACUGGGCCACCUUCCAGCUGGAGAUCAGCCCCACCAGCAUCACAGACAGCGGUGUGUAUGAGUGCCGAGUGUCUGAGGGCACCCAGAGCCACUCCAGAGGUCAGAGCUGGACUCAGAAGUUGGCAGUCACUGUCAAGUCUCUGGAGUCAAGUUUACGGGUUAAGCUGAUGAGCCGUCAGCCCAAAGUAGAAUUAGGCAAGACCUUUGGCUUGUCCUGCGUAGUGGAGGCUGACUACGCCAACCUCAAGGUGCCACUCACUGUGACGUGGCUGUUCCAACCAUCGAGAUCUCAAGUCUUUCAUCUACUUGUUCGAGUCACCCAUAAUGGCACUAUUGAGUGGGGGGAAGAACUAGCUCAGUUCCAAAAGAAGACAAACGUUCUCCAGUCCUCGUUUCAUUCUCAACUCCUAAUCCAUGAUGCCACUGAGGAAGAAGCAGGAGUCUAUCAGUGUAAAGUCGAAGUUUAUGUCAGAAAUUCCCUAUGCACAAGCAGCCCCGCAAGAGCUUCUGCCAUCUCUCACUCACUGAUGAUAGCCAUCGCUCUACCAGAGAGCAAGCUGCAAGUGAACUCAAGCAGUCAAGUCCGAGAGAUCCUCAUCAACUCCAACACCAACAUAGAAUGUAGCAUCUUGUCCCAGUCCACUGGAGACCUUCAGUUAGCCGUCAUUUGGUACUUCUUUCCCAGUUCCACUAACGCAAUCUGGCUGAGGAUCCUGCAAAUGGACCAAACCAAUGUUGUAAAAUAUGGGGAUGAAUUUCACACCCCAAGGAGAAAACAAAAAUUCUACCCCGAGAAAGUUUCCCAAGACUUGUUUCAGCUACACAUUUUGAAUGUGGAAGACAGCGAUCAGGGCAAGUACCACUGCACUGUGGAGGAAUGGCUCUUGUCUACAAAUGGCACUUGGCACAAACUUGGAGAAAAGAAGUCGGGUCUGACAGAAUUGAAACUCAGGCCCACAGGAAGUAAAGUACGUGUGUCCAAAGAGUACAGGACAGAGAAUGCUACCGAGCACAGCCAGGUGGCCAUCCGCUGCAGCCUGGAGAGUCCUGGCAGCUCAGCUUCCCUGUUCUCUGUGAUGUGGUACCGGAACAGGGAAAAUUCUGGAACGAAAAUGCUGGUGCACCUGCAGCAUGAUGGCUUGCUGGAGUAUGGCGAAGAGGAGCUCAGGAGGCCUCUGGUCUGUUACCGUUCAUCCUCUACAGAGUUUGUCCUGCAGCUUCAUUGGGUAGAGAUGGAGGAUGCUGGGCUCUACUGGUGCAGAGUGGCCGAGUGGCAGCUGCAUGGCAACCCAAGCAAGUGGGUCAAGCAAGCCUCAGACGAGUCACAGCAUAUGGUGCUCACAGUGCUGCCUUCAGGUGAAGAAGCUUGAAAGCCUGUGCCACAAUCAGCUGAGGGUUUUUUAUAACCACAUUUAAGGGUUCCCAAGUAAAUCCUCAAUUACAGGAUCUUGCUUCCUCUACCUGGCUGUUCCUUUCUGGGAGUUGCAGAGUUGUGGAGGCAGUGGAGGAGCGGGUAUGAAAAAUCUUGGGGUUCGGAAUCAGACAAGCCUAGGCUCAGAUCACAGCCCUACUACCUACCUACAAACUCAUACCCUGGUUAUUUAACCUCUGUGAGCCUCAGCUUACUCAUAAAUUGAGGAUAAUAAUACAAAUGUGCAUAAAGUAACAUGGUUCCUAGAAUAUUGUAAGUGGUCAAGAAAUGUUAAUUCUCUAUCCCCUAAUGCCACCAAACGUGCUACACACACACACACACACACACACACACACGAAUGGAUAUAUCCAUAUAUGUGACAAAAUAUUUUAAGUUGUUCAAUAAGUAACUAUGUGAGGAUCUGAAAAUACAAAAAUGUGAAUUACAGAGUCUUUUCCCAAAGAGCUCAGAUUCCGAUGGGAGACUUGAAGUCCAAAAUGAUAGCAGUCAUCAAAGCAGCAGCCUCGGGAUGAAGGAACAGAGGCAGGGCUGGGAUAAAGGGCUGUGUGGGGAGGAGAUCCAGAAAGUUCCUUGGGGUAUGCAAGAGAAAGGAAGAGAAGAUAUUUUAGGAAAAGGAAAAACUACGCAAGAUGAUAUUAAAAGCUGUUGCACAAGGGACAGAGAUGAAGUUAGUGAGAUGGAGAGGGUAUGGAUAUCAAAGGGGAAGGUGAACUUAUUCAUGAACGUUGUAGAGUGUCAGCAAACAAGUUCAGGCAGGGGAGGGACAGCAUGAGAUUUGCAUUUUAGAAAGCUCCCAUUUGGAGCUGUGUUAAAGAUGAACUGGAAGGGAGGCAGACACAGAGAAGGGAGAACCAUUUGAAAUUGAUUGUAGGAACCCAGGUGAGACAAGAUGAAGGCCUAAAUUAAGGCAGUACACACAAGGGUUGAGAGAAGGGCAGGCAUUCAGUGUUGAGAGGCGUCAUCUUCAGGAGUUAGACACUGAAGGGUACAUGAGCAGAAGGGAAGAACCAAGGAUGAAUAUCAAAUUUCUAGUGGGUAUAGGAGAAAAGUGUGAAGGGGAAAUUAGUUCAAUUUUUAAUAAACUGAGCUGGAAUUGAGUUUGGAGUACGUGUAAAUUAUCGGAAGAGUUCUACCCAAUAGACAUGGGGACUUCCAAGUGAGAUCUUUGCCAGAGUUGUAGAUUAGAAGGCAUCAACUUAUAGCCAAUAAUGGUGUCCCAUGAGGGACUCCUGAGAUCUAUCACUGUUGAUCAGUGCAGAAGAGGAGCCUGUGAAGGGGAAGGAAAGGAGUAGCUAAGAGGUAGGAGUGGUACUGUAGAAACCAAAAGCAGAGAGGGUAUCAAGAAGGAAGGGAAAGCCAACAGACUCAACUAUUUCAGAGAAAUCAAUGAAGAUAAGAAUGGGGAAAUAUCCUUUGGAUUUCACACUAUAGGGCCAUUGUAGACAAGUAAUGAGAAAAUUCAGACUGCAGUGAGAAAGUGGACACAGCAGAUACAGAUUACACUUUCAAGAACUUUGAUGUAAAGGACAAGAAAGGAAAUAACGAGUGGUGAGAGGUGUCAAUGAACUUUUACUUUGUUCCGUGUUGGUUUGGAGGUGGUAGAGACUUGAGAACCUUUACAUUCUGGAGGGGAAAGAGGCAGUGGCAAGGACAAAGGGAAAGAUCAGAAGAGAGUAGACCAAUAGUCCAACACCUUGCAUCAACACAGACCACCUCCUGUCUGGAAUGUUCUCCCAUGUCAUCUUUCUCUGGUCAACAUCCAUGAAUCCUCUACCUCCAAGUAUAACUGCCACGAUCUGUGAUUUGCCUUGUUCUCUUAGUUAUCACACCUGGCUAACAUCUAUCCACACCGUCAGACCGUACAUUCUGAGAAGGCACAGACUGAGUGUCUCAUUCCUAACACAGCGCAAUGCCUAGCAAGUAGAGAUGCUCAAGGUCUUACCAAAUCACAGUGUAAUCACACUCCUUGUAAGGACCUGCUUAUGUAUUAAUAAAGUCCAGAUCAGAUCUAACAUGCUAGCAAUUCUCACUUCUUUGGUGGUUUUUCCACCACCUCUGUGUGGCAAUGUCAGGUUGGGUAGUUUAGGACCACCUAAUAAAACUGUGGGGCAUGUGGCUCAAAUGAAGACAGAAAAAAAUUAAGAGGAAUUCCCUGGGGGAAUGGACCUCUCAUCUUCUUCUCCAUCUUACUUUCUUCUCUUUGACCAUGCCAAUGUAGGGCCUGGAGAUAUCUUCAUCUUUUUAUCUCACCCUCAGAACCCAGACAUAAAUGUCUUAUUCUACAGAAUUUGCUGGGAUUAAUUAACAGGCAAGACUAUAAGGCUUCCUGGGGACUGGAUUAGUUCUAAUUAUAUGGUGUUUGUUCCUAUUCCCCAACUUCUAUUUGGGUAAGGAUAUACUUAGAAAGUGAACCUUCAAAGGAGAUAUGUGCCCCUACCGCACUGAAGUUUCUGGAAUGACCAUAGAAUUUACCCAUGCUACCCUAAUGCCUCCAACAAUGUCUGGCAUGUAGCACUUCACAAAUGCUUGAUGAAAGAAGGAGCAAGCAAGUCUUCAAAGGAAACAGGAUGCUGUCAGGCACCAGUGGUUCCGGGAUGCACUCGUAUCAGGUUCCCUAACCCUACUUUUAUUGUUGGACAGGAGCCAACUCUCUCACAUGGCCACACUUGGCAUAGACAGUUGCCAAAGUCUUGGUGGGAGGUGGGGGAGGAGUUGAUAGCCCCCAUCGUUAUCUUGUAUCUUUCUUCUGCUGAAGUACAUAUUUCUGAAGCCCUAGCGAAAAGGAGUGCUCCUCUUGGCAUGUUUGGCUGUGGGUGGAAGACAGUUAUUAACUGGAGCUGGUGAUGAAGUAGUCUCAUUACAUUUUUGGCCCUGCCUUGCAGAACUUGUACUUUGAGCAUGGGGCACUUACUUGGAUUGAUUAAAAAUGCCGAACCUUAACGGUUUAGAAUGUCACUAAUUCUAAUCCCAAUAGGGGUAAGAGGCAGAUGGUUCGAAAUGGUGAUCGUGGGAUCCAGAGCAAACCCUGCCUUCCCAGGAGAGGUAAUUUAGAAGCACUGGAGCUGACAGUCGCUAGCUGUUGGCCAAUUCAGCACUGUGAAGAGCACACUUUACCAUCCUUUGAUGGCAGAUUGCUCCAAACAGAGUAGCCUCCUCCCCAUUAAGACAGUCAAGCCCUCUGGCAGUCCCUUCAUGCUGAAGGUUAGAGUCUCAGUGGCAGAAAAAACCAAGUACCAGAUUUCUUUCCCCCUUCUGUAUGCUAGCCCUCAUGAUCAUACCAUCGUCUAACAACGGUGAGACCAAGGUAGACUCUCACCUUCCAGUUCUCUGACACCCAUGACUGGGAAGAGAAGUCAGAGUCUCCUACUAAGUAGUCUUUAGACUCUCAGUGGACUGUCACCCAGUCGUGGAGACAGAGGGACCAGAGAUUUAAGGGAGAGUCUUGGCCUGUGGGAGAACAUGGCCAGGUGGGUGACCCGUGUGAGGACUCAGUUGGUCCAGCCCUGUUUUCUGUCCCAUCUCCUGAGAGAAGUUGCCCAUCAUUUUUCCUAACAUCCUAACAUCCUCACUAGCCUUCCAACUAACAUUUAUUUCUUGCUGACUCAACAAGUGUGCUGGGCACUCUGUUAAAUAACUUAUUAUGCAUUAUCUCAUCACAACUCUAGAAAUUAUUAUCCCCAUUGGAUCGAUGAGGAAACUAAUCACUGUUGAGGAUAAGUAAUUUGUUUAAUGUCAAUAUCAGUAAGUUGAAGAGCUAGAAUGUGAACCCAGGUCUCUUGGGGAUGGUAGUCAGUCCCUACCCUGUGUAUGAGUAGUGCGAAGUGUCAAACCCCGUACUCCUACCCACUGUUCCCUGCAGCUCCAUUCUCUUUCAGCAUGUCUAUCUAUAACUCCUCCUUAUCCCAGUGCCUUCAAAUACAUUCACAUAAGAGCUGGGAGAAUUACUGUAGUCAAGCAGGGCCUUGGAGAGAAGGGUCAGGUAGGCUACAGAGUGGGAGGGUGAUAAGGAUUUAAAAAUCCAGCUUUAUCAUUGUCCACCCUUUCAAAAAGGAAAACAAAAAUUAGGCUGGAGAAUAUAAAUGAGACCAGAGAAAAUCCAGGCCACAAACCCCCGUAGCAGCCUGUGAGUCCCGAGCGCUGCGGCCGGUCUAAUGUUCAGUGAUGAUCUUUACUCUUUGUAACAUGAUGGCUGCCACCCCUGUGUUUUUGUGGGUGCAAUGUACUCAUGUAAUUAAUUCAUUCAUCAGUUUCCAUUGAUGACCCACAGACCAAGUGCUGGACAAAGUAAAAAGAUGCAUCAGAUGUAGGCCCCGUCCUUCAGGAGCUCACAGUGCAGGAGCUGGACAAAUGUUUAGAUUCUUUCUUGACUUCCACCAAAGAGACGUUCUUCUCAGUGCAAGAUGCAUCAGCAAUGCGGGAAACAGGAAUUUUCUUGCAGCAGAGGUUGAUGGAAAUGACCUGUAAAGCUGUUUACAUCUCUAAGAAUCUAUAAUCCCUUGAAUCCUGUAACUUCACCUUUGAAGAAGAAUGUGUUUAUAGUCAUUACAAUUUUCCAAUAAAAACACAACUACUAUUAGCAUCCGAUUUUCCGGAAGAGCCCAGAUUUCAAAUAUCCUGUCAUAAAUACAUGUAGAUGGAAGACUAUAUCUAGCAGCUGGUAUCUCUCUGAGCCUGUGUCUUUUUGCAUGGAGAGUCUGUAAACCCUGUCCUUGGACUAGGAAUUCCGGGAGGGGCUUCCUGGAAUCUGGGAAAGUCUGCAGUCCUGUCCCUCUGCUUCCCUGGGCACGUGGCCGGGAAUCACUCUGGGGAGGCGCGUGCGUGCUCUGUGUGUCUGUGUGUGAUGGGGCUUCCCCACGGGCUGCAGCUGCCUGACGGUCAUGUGCUUCGGGCUGCCUUUAUAUAGUAUCCUUUGCCUCCGGUUGCCAUCAGUCCCAUUCAGUUCAGAUCGGCGAAAGCUCUCAUGCACGUGUGUGGGACACUGCAGGGGACACGGGGCCAAAUGACACUCUCAGGCAGGCUCAAGUAACGGUGGAUGAAACCAAGGAGAUGGUUAAGGGGGAACAAAAGAGAUCUACACCAAGGGGUAUGUGAGAAGAGGACCUUGGAAGACCAUGCCUGAGGCAGGAAGAUAAGCCUGGGGAGGAAGAGGGUCAUAUGAGCUGGGUCAGAAGGACCCAGAGGAUUCGGGUAUAGAGUGUGUGUGUGCGCCAGAGGGAGGCAAUCGUGAGAGCAACACAGGAAAGGAGCCCAAAGGAGGGUGUCCCAGGGGAGACCCAUCUGGAGGGCGGGGAAGGGAGGGAGCUGCUCACCCUGGGUGCUGUCGUGGGAAGACAAGACGUUGUGAGAGUGCGUGCACGCGCACGCAAGAAGCAGCAGCGGGAAUAACUCAGUUAAAAAUUCAGGACCAGCAACAGAGUUGAGAACGAGGGCUGAAUUAUAGAUCUCUUUUCUGAGGAUAGAAGAUUAAAGGAGAGGUUUUCUUUUUUGUUUUGCUUUUCUUCGAGGCUGUUGGUUUUAAGUAGGUCAUGGGAACCCCAGUGGUUGGAACUUGCUGGGUGAAGGCAGCGAGGCUGGAAAAGCACCAUUCUGGGCUUCUCCUCUCCCCACUGCUUCCCUCUUUCUGUCCUCCUCUGAUCUGAGGGGGCCGCGGUUCUUGCCCGUAUUUGCCUGUCACAAUAAAUCCCCCAGGCGUUUAUGGUUGAUUGUUGCAGGGAAGUUGGAGACUGAUCAUCUUCUUGGUG